AUGUAUUAUAUACUAAUACUUAAUUCUUCUAUAUUUCAAGUUCUAUAUAAAUUAAUUGUUAGGAGAAUUUUUGAUGAUUUCUGUGUAAAUAAUACAAUUUAUGGAUUUGUAAAAUAUUUUGAUCAAUGUAAAAAAAUUAUGGAUGAUAAAGUGAACCAUAUUGAUGCCUCAUUCACUUCCCAGUGUAGUAUUAUUAAUGAAGCAGAUUUUAGCGGAUAUUUACAAAAUCCUAAGAAAUUGUGCACACAAGCUAUGCCAUAUUUGUUUGAAAUAUAUUAUUACAAUAAUAUUCCUUUAAACGGCGCGGGUUGUUUAUAUCUUUAUUACUGGCUAUACAAUAAAAAUUUUAAACAAAAAACAAAUAGUAGCGUAGUCAAAACAUUUUAUGAAAAAUUGAUCGAUAUAUAUAAUACUAAUUAUGCGAAAAAUGGUACACAGGAAAUUUAUAAGAAAGAUAUAAAUGAUGAUGAUAUUGAAAAACUUUCAGUUAUAUAUAAUGUUUUUUCAUUUCUUAAUAAUAUGAAUGAUAAAAAUCAAAAUCAAAGCGCCAAAGAUUUUUGCUAUGCUGUAGAAACCAUUAAAAAUAAAUAUAAUUUAAUAAUACAAGAAAAAGGAAGUGAAACUAGUAAACAACAAAUAGUAGAAUAUUGCCAAUCUAAUAUUAAACUAUCUAUUCUAAUUACAAUCCUUGUAUUAUUAGUACCAUCUCUUCUUAUAUUUAUUGUAUAUAAGUUCACCCCCUAUGGCUCGUACAUUCUGCGUGCUAUAAAAUGGAAAAAAAGAGUGCUCAAUAAUAGAGAUAAUAAAUGGAAUAUAAUGCAAUCAUCUGAAAUUUUCAAUGAUAUGCCAAGAAAUAUGCAAUAUAAAAUGUCAUACAAUUCUGAUUAG